AUGGCUGACUUCGAGGUGGCUACGGGGGGGGACCUUCGACGGGCCCUUGUGUGCGAGAGGGAGCAACAGGAUGUCUGGCAGUGGGCCAGGUAUGUGGAUGAGUGGAUGCAUGUGGAGUACCUCGAGACCUUCUUUCCCGUCCAACAGAAUGAGCUUGAACGGAUUUCCCCGGAGGGGCUUGGCACAGUUGACUCCCUUCCAGUGCCUGCCGAGGAGGAAAAUUUGGUGGAGAGGGUUCGAAGGGAGCAUUUCAACACCUUCUUGGUGCUGCCCGCUCUGCAACGGCGCCUCCAUGGGCUCGAGCCGAAUACCCAGGGUGCUGUGGGGGCCACUUCGGACGGACCUCUGACACGGGCACUUGGGGAAUGGAUGCUUGACGCCAUCGACUUCCUUCGUGACGAGAGGGCUAGGGGUGAAGAUGGAUGGGCUGUGCACUUGCUGCGCGGCCGGAUGCUUGGCCGAAGGGAUCAGAGGUACAGGGGCCUUGCUAUCGAAGUUCUUGCUGGGCUGGAUGAUGUGGUCCCGGCAGGGUUCAUACAGACGGUCGAGCCUCCCGAGUACCUCGUGGAUUGGGCCAGGGAUGUGGAGGGUGAGUUGUACGAGCUCCUUCACUAUCGAUCCCAGGGAGCCUGUGGCUCUGACGCCACCAGUUUCGUACAGAGGGAGCGCCAACGGGGGCCAGGAUCGGCUGCAGCAAGCUCCUCCAGGGAUGUCCCGGCCCCAUCUACUCCAGACCCGAGGCCGCUCACUCUCGACGAGGCCGCUGACAUCUGGUCGAUUAUUUUGGGGCUUGCUCUGGAUGAGGAGGUUGACGCACAGCCUGGGGUCAUAGUAGGGGAGUUUACAAGGAACUCUGUCACCGAGACCUUUUUGGGCUAUGGGGCGCAGGACCGCCUCACCUUGGUGCUGGCCUUCCAAGGAGUCGUGGGUCGCCUCCUGCGAAUGAUAGGGAUGAUCGUCGAGGAUGCCUUGACUGAGGAGCGAUCGGGCCCUGCUUGGAGCCCGCCAGAAGGGGAUGGGGAUGGGGAUGACACAUCCCUCAUGCAGUCUGCAUUGGUGACCACCGAUAAUGAUUGGUACCUCUUCCUGGCUGACUUCCGCAAUGCCCUCGAACAUAUGACAAAGGAAGCUCGCCUUGCAAACAGCCAGGUGAUAUGGCGUUGGUUGGACCACAGAGUGACGGAUUCCCUCUCGGGCAAGUGCUUGGGGCAUGCACGGGGGAGAGCGGGCGAAGUGCUUGCUCUCCUGGUGGCUGCCAUGGAGUCCUCGGUGGGCUUUCUGGCAGGGGAACACCACCUCGGUGUGUGCACAGCGUGGUUUCAGCGUUUGGCCCUCUUCGUGCCCACCGUUCCGGGUAGCCGCAGGGACCGUGGCCUUCCGGUUAGCCAAGAGCUGCCGGCUCCGGUGCUGUUCCAAAAGCCACUGCCCUUGGAAUCGGACUCGGACGAUGCCGAGGAGACAGCGAACCGGAGGCUCAUGAGAACAAACCGGCAGAGUGAACGGGACUUGGACGCCUUGGUGGAAGAGGAGCGACGUGACAGGGCAGAGUUGGUGGAGCACUCUGAAGCAAUGGCAGCCAUGCAAGUGGCUGCGGAGGAAGAGGAGGCAGCCGAGACCCAGCGGUUGGCAGAUGACUUUCUUGAGGAGGAGGGUGGGCUUCGCGACCUGUCGCCGGCCUCCUAUCGUGCGUGGGAAGACCGGGUGUUCAAGAGAGCUCUGCAAGGGCCGCCCACACGGAAACGGGCAUACCUGGACGUGGAACUGGCUUCGGGUAGCUCAGAUGCCCCUCGCGUGUCUCGCCGGUGGAGGGUGCCCCUACCUCAGUCGGGGGUCGCCUUCAGCCUGACCGCCACGGUGGUCCAUGAGGAGGACAUUGCGGACACGCCACCUGCUGUGGAUGCGGGCGGGACUGGUGUGAUGACAGUGCCCGGACCUCUGGCUACUGAUGUGGCUAUCUCCGCCGGGGGUACAGAGGGUGAGGGAACAGACACCGACGUGGAUACAGUAUUGGUUCCAGGGUCAGGGGUGCCUGUGACGACCCAGCUCGAUGUGGGUGCUGAGUUGUGCUCAGCCUCUGUGGUUGGACCGGCAGUGCCGGUGGGGUCCUCCGGAUCAGGGGAGCCAGGGUUCGACGACAGGGAUCGCUUCCAAUUCACAGACCUUUCCAUGGAGCAGUUCCAACAGCUGUAUGGCCAGUGGAUGGGAGGGCUGGUGUCGACGGAAGAAGUGCAAGCCACACAUGGAUGUGAUGUCGCGGAGAUGCUCGAACUGCAAUUUGUGGCGGAGCAGGGUGGUUUCGAGUCCCAAGCCUGA